AGAAAUUCCAUGGGUUCUCUUUCAGAGGGCAAAAACGAGUCUGGAUGUGAGAAAAUAUUUAUGUCCAAUGUGGUCGUGACGAGGAAGAAGAGCGUAUUCAGAGGUGGUGUAUGGAGGUCCUUGGACGUCAAAAUGGGUGUCUGGAUCUUAACCGUUCAUUUGUUGGCGUUAUUUGCACCAUUUACAUUUACUUGGGGUGCGUUUUGGACAGCAUUUUUCGGCUACCUGUUGUGCUUUAUGCUUGGCAUAACUAUCACUUUUCAUCGAAAUCUAGCACACCAUAGUUUCAAGUUGUCCAAAUGGCUUGAGUAUACAUUUGCUUAUUUCGGGGUUCAAGCUGGUCAGAGGGAUCCAAUAUAUUGGGUUAGUAUACAUAGAUACCAUCAUCAAUACACUGAAUCAGACAAAGAUCCGCACUCUCCCAUCAACGGCUUUUGGUUUAGUCAUAUGGGUUGGCUCUUUGAUAGCAACUUGAUUAUCGAAAAUUAUCAAGCACGUAACAAUGUCGAAGAUCUAAAAAGCCAAGCAUUCUAUAGAUUCAUUAAAAGAACUUAUGUGUGGCACAUACUUGGAUUUGCCGCCAUUGUCUACGCACUCGGUGGAUUUACGUAUCUUGUUUGGGUUAUGGGUGUGAGACUCGUGUGGUGUUACCAUAUAACGUUUCUAGUGAAUUCAGCUUGUCACAUAUGGGGAAACCGAUCAUGGAACACUAGGGAUCUCUCUAAGAACAACUGGUGGGUGGCAAUUGUUACUUUUGGAGAAGGGUGGCAUAACAAUCAUCAUGCAUUUGAGUUUUCAGCUAAGUUUGGAUUGGAAUGGUGGCAGCUUGACAUUGGUUGGUGUGUGAUACGGUUUCUUGAAGCAUUGGGGUUAGCAACCAACGUUAAGCUGCCAACCGAGACUCACAAGGUUAAGAAAUCCCUAGCUUCGACUGACUGAUACAAGGGUGAUCUUGUAGUUGUGGUGCUCUUAUGUCUAUUGGCAUAUGAAAUAAACAUCACUUGAACAUUAAGUGGUUUAUUAUGAGUGUACUAAUAAUUUAUAUGUGACUUGUAAAUCGAUCAAGUUAAAUUUUAAAGGUGAUGUUUUCG